AAGUAGUCAAGGUUACAAACGCUUGGGCUAGGAAGACUAAAUUGCUCAACUUAUUUGGUAGAUAUAUAUUGUGAGAGUGAUUGAAAUCGUUAAAGGUAAUUCUUGUUGUACGAAAAUGUCUCUUAAUCUAAAUAAACACGUAUUUAUCAGUGACAACUAAUAUUAUAUUCAUAGAUAUCUGACUUUUCUACCGCAGUAGUGCAUUAUCGCUCAACAAUUAAAAAGUUAUGGGAACUGCUAAAGAUCAAACUGCAAUAUCUAGAGUAUUGAAUCUUUUAGCCGAAUGGGAUAAAGGAUCAAAGGCGAUAAGAAAGGCCCUUUUAAAAGAUUUCAUAAAACAGAAUAAAAAUAAAACAGGCCCCGAGUUAGAGGCUGAAUUUGCUCAGGCAGCAAGUUUGUUUCUCACUAGAAUUACUGCCUCUUUACGGUUAACUUACAUGACAGGAAUAGCGUUAACUGAACAUUUGCAAGCUGUCAAUAUUUUCAUAUCGGCGUCUAGUGGUCAUAAAUUUCUGGGAGAGUUUCUAGAAGUUGGCGGUAUAUUAACAGUUCUUGAGAUUAUAGGCCUGAAGCAAGCAAGAGAGAUAGACAAACUAGAAGCAUUAACGAAUUUAUCGAAUAUUGCGGAAGCCGGUAGGAAGUUUAAAGAACUUAUUUGCGAAAGCUAUGGAAUUAGAGCAAUUGCCGAAUGCUUAGCCAAAUCGAAGAGUGAACAAACGCAGGAUGCGGCUAGAAAUCUUUUAGAGAAAUUAGCUAGAGGAAAUCCAAAAUUCGAAAAUCAAGUUUAUAAAGGUCUUAUCGCCUUAUUGCCAUGUUCAUCUCCAAAAGCUCAACAAAUGGCUGCUCAUACGCUGAGGAUUGUGCAGCCUAUAGUUGAAAAAGCUAAUCCGAAUAUCGUUGAUCCAUUAUUGAAUCUAUUACGAACAUUGCAUUUAGAAGUUCAGUACGAAGCCUUGGAAUUAAUCAAAGAGCUAAUGGAAUACGAAGAGGUCAAAGAACUUAUACCCGUCAGUCUUGUUAAAUUAUUGAGACCUUCAAAAGAAGAUCGACUUAGAAGACCUCAAGAAAUUCUCGAAGAUCCCGAAGUUGGAAAAUUAGCAGAACCUCUACCAGUUUUCGUACAACAGGCAGCAUCAGCCAAAUGCAUAGGAAUACUAUGUCACGAUGACCUUAUUAUAUGCGAAAAAUUCCUCCAAUUGCAAGUUGUACAUCAUCUCAUGUUUGCAAUGGGCAAUACGGAAUAUGCUGACAGUCAAAGACAAGCUAGCUUAACAUUAGAGCGUCUAUGUAGGAAUUUCCCCCUAGUAGACGAAUCCGUAAAAGAAGCAAUGGGAGACAUUCUUUAUACAUCAUUUAUGAAAGAUCCCGAAGCACUAUACGCAUCGCUAACGCCAGUACAAGCGGAUGUUCUAGUUUCCAAUAAAUUAGACGCCGCAACAAAAUCUUAA